CCUCAGCCCUGGAGGGGUCGCCACUUGUUGCUCGGCAAUACCCCGCGCUGGGGCGACGAUACGCCUGCCGGGCUGGCGAUACUCCGUGCUGCGCGAUCCAGCCUGGAGUAUUCACCCAGCGCCCUGCCGAAGUCAUGCCCGGUCUUGGCUGAUUCUCGUAGGAGAGCGAGCGGACAUGAACCGCCCCUGAGAAAUUGUUCGUGUAUUACGUAACCAUACUUAACGCUGAUGCUUCAUAGCACUGUCCUCGUUACCAGUGGCGGAUCCAGAGUUGGCCCGGGGGGGGGGGCAAAGUAGCACUUUUUGCCUACUUACAGGGGCAAAGUAGUGCUUUUUGCCUACCUUUCAGGCGGCUAUCUAGGGGUCAAGGGGGCAAUUGUCCUUACGCCCCCCGCCUGGAUCUGCGCUUGCUCGUUACUCAUUUGUGUACAAAAAGCACAGUCAGGGAGACGGUUCCCUUGGCUGCACGCGAUGACAGUCAAGCUGCCUCGAGCACUAGAAUCUCCUUCUCGGGAGCGGCAUUAACGAGCUGCUACACUGCGAUCCACACAAAGCAGCAUGUCCGUCAGCUUGUCGUCCACGCGGUCACCGCGCGCUUAAACACGACGCGCUCCGCGGCACGCGACCGACUGCCGUAGAUUGCGGUGCGUCUAAAAGUCCGGCAGUGUGGCAGUCGAGCCAGCGCGGCGAGCAGAACAAGAACGAGGCAUGGAUCACCUUGCGGGCCGCGUCGCCGUCGUCACCGGGGCCAGCUCCGGCAUCGGGGAAGAACUGGCCUUGCUGCUGGCCCGGGCCGGGCUCGUGGUGGUGGCUGUGGCGCGGAGGAAGCAGCGUCUCAAGGAUCUAGCCGCCAGGGCGGCCAAAGUCAAAGGCAAGCUGCAUCCGUUCGUCGCCGACAUGGCCGAGGCCGGGGAUGUGGCCAAGCUCUUCAAGUGGGUGGACACGGCGCUGGGCGGCAUCACCAUCCUGGUGAACAACGCCGCCAUCCUCCCCGUGGACCCACUGCACGACAUGGAGCCGGCCAGGAUACAGCAGCUCGUCAACACCAACCUGACCGCCGUGAUGCUGUGCUGCCACGAGGCCAUGAACAGCAUGAGGAGGCACGCCAUCAAGGACGGCCACCUCGUCAACAUAAACAGCAUCCUGGGCCACACCGUGCUGAACGGGGCGUUCUCCGCGACGGCCUACGCCGCCACCAAGCACGCCGUCACCGGGCUGACCAGGGGCCUGCGCUUUGACGCCCUGAGGAUCGCCGGCUUCAACAUCCGCGUCUCGGGAGUAAGCCCCGGCGGCGUCCUCACGGACAUGAUCUCCCCGCACGUGCCUGACUCCAUGAAGCAAGUGAUGCUGCAUCCGAAGGACGUCGCCGAGACCGUCAUGUACAUCAUCUCGUGCCCGCCGGGCGUGGAGAUUUCGGAGCUGGUUAUUCGCCACCCAGCUGAAGCGGUUUGAGUCUGGAGAGAAAUGAACCUCUUCCCUCAAUCCAGGCACAUCCCACACCCAUGCCUUAGAAGCGCCUGCCAGCGGGCAAAAUGUUUGGCAAAUGCAUAGCAAUCUCAUACUUUUCAGCAUGCCCCCACUUGGGUAAAUUAAAGUUGUACUACUUAUAUUCGGUAUUGAGGCACCAGUUUAUUCAAAUAUUUUUCAAUGAAACGGGCGCGCACAAUCUCAGUUUCCUUAAACACGUAACAAGACAAAUAAAUAACAGAGUAUCAUAAGGCACAGUGUAUAGAAACAUAUUUUGUUGCAAUAUUACAUUAAAAUUCGUAUGGUUUUGGUAUUAAAAAAAUUAAAACUCCUAAGAAUUAA